AGCUGCAGAUUCCUUGUGACGACGCUGCGUUGCUGUUCCAGAUUUUCCACCACCAGAGCGCCUCUUUGAUUUCUUUCCCAUUGUUUCUGCACAACCAACCAAGAAAUUCUUUGGGGAGAUCAAUAGUAAUGGUUUUGGUUCUGAGGAUAGACUAAUGUGCGAGUCCAUGUUGAGUUGCAUUGGGCAGCCGCUCACUUCGCCAGCGGAGGGAGAGUUCCUUCUCUGAAACACAAAACCAAGGAAUGUUCCUUGCUCUGCAUGCAUGCAUGGCUUCUGAGAUCCUCCGCGUUUUCAACUCCCACGGUUUUCUUCUUUUUGCCCAUUUACGUUUGUAAAACCUCUUAUUGAAAGGUUGUUCUUGAAAAUCAUGCCAUUUUGAAAAGAUACUUUUUACCAAAUCUUUCCAAGAAGCAACGAUCGACCAAAUCGUGCACUCCGACGACGACCACUGCACCAGGAUCAAAAGGCUUCCGUUGAUCGCCAAGAUAGUUGCAGUCUGUAAUAGUGGUCCCAUUAUUGACAGUGUGAGUGGUUCAGGAGAAGGCAAUGGAGUCUAGCACAAGUACUACUAAGGAAGCCCCCAAGGUAGAUAGCCAAGGCGAUUCGUCAGCCAAAGAGGAGCCAUCACCUCGCAUGUCGGCCAUUGUCAUGGCCGACACUAUGAAUCUCUUGGAAGAUCCCACUGAUUCGGAGGCGGAGAAAAAACCAAAGAGCAGCAGCAAGAGCAAAUCCAAGACCAAGACGGGCAAUAAGAAAUCCUCACGAACGAGCAGUAGUAAUAGUAGUACCGGCGAAGCCGUGUCGGUGGAACGCAAGGAACAAUUGUUGUUGGAAGCCCGCGUGAAUCGCCUGCAAUGGAUCCAUCAAGUGCCAUUGCCGUAUCGGAAAGCGGAAUCCCCCGAUGAUCCGUGGGUACAAGAAAAAGGAUUGGCGUCCUUUCUCAAGAAUUGUCAUGCCGCUGCCUUGAUGCCGUCCAUGACCAAGGCACUCUCGCAUUUGUACGGAAUGGAAGAUCAACGAGUGUCGCCCGAAGAUGUCGCCAAUCGAAUUGAGACGUUGAUUGGCUCUCUCGAUGACGACGAAGCCCCUCAUAGUUUUGUCCGACCGGGCAAACAAUUGCUGGAAGCCGAAAUUGCAAAGUCGGAAAAUAACCUCGUAUUGACGGGAUAUCGAGACUUUUGGAUCAAACUACAAACCCCGGAAUGUGCUUCGCUCGUACAGGGCAUGCGAACCGCCGUACGCAACAUGGACAGUAUCGACGAACCACGCAGUCUCGAAGAAAUUGCCGAACGCAUGAAAUCCUACCUCAAUGGCACUUUUGAAUCCAUCAAGGCCCAUGCCGCGUGGAAACACGAGGGAGUCAAUGAUCGACUCAAACAUUCCCUCGAAUCGUUCGUCUACGGACAGUGUCAUUCGCUGUUGCAAGUCAAAUUGUGGACGGACGAAACACGCAAAUCCGAAGAGGAAUGGAUGGAACGAUUGGCCGCAUUGCAAUUUGUCACGCCCCAACACUUGGAUAUUGCCUGCUUGGAAACUAGCAACACGGAUUUAAAAGAGGCACUGGCGGAACCCAUGGAAGCACUGCUCUCGGCGGAUCUCUACUUUUCACCCUACGAAAAACUACAACGUAUAUUGGCCAUGUACCAUGGGGUCAAUACCGCAUUGUCCAAAGCAUUGAAUGUCGCCACGGUCGCAGGAAAGGAAAAGAAAAUGGCAUCUGCUGACGAUGUACUCCCCACAAUCAUCUUGACCGUAUUGAAAUCAAAACCUGCUCGUAUCCAUGCCAAUCUACGAAUGGUCGAACUCUUUUGUCCGCCGGAAUAUUUGAGAGGAGAAGCGGGAUAUGCCUGUACCAAUCUAUUUGGAGCUGUACAGUUUCUACUCGAUUUGGAUAUGGAAAAUCCAAAGAGCUUGUCGAUUGACGCGGACGAAUUUCGAAAAGGAUUGGCCGCAUCCCGCGCCAAAUUCAAGGAACGUCUCGACACCAAGCGCAAACGAGCGCAACUACAGGGACCCACCAUUGAUACCGAUAUUUCACUCAAAUACUGCGACAUUCCUGCCAGUGAAAUCCGAACGGCACGUGCCAACGGCGACCAGGUCGAUUUGGACUGGGCAUUGGCGUGGCAGCAAGACAAGCUCGAAUCGGAAAAAAUGGAAUCGGGACAAUCGUCCAAUAGCGCCGAAGACGUGUUGCCGCCCGGAUUUUCACGCAACUACACGUUCCUCACGUCGCGGCCGGAAGAUAUUCGCAUGUCGGAUCUGCCACAGUUGCUAAGCGAGUAUCGCAUGUUGGUGCACACAUCGGAAACCUUGUUGGGGGAACGAGCAUCCAGACUUGCCGCGGAACGAAAGAAAAAGGUCAACAUUGUACAGGAAGAACUCCUCAAGAAUAUUCAAAGCGUAGAUCCGUCGCUCCUGCCCGACACGUCCAUGUAGAGCCGGCUGCAUAGUAAGAAUAAACCAUACUGCAGUAAUAGUUAGACUCUAGAGCGAGAUUGUAGAUAUGCGACUACGGUUCGUUCAGUUAGAAAGUCUGCAUGUCGUCUACUACUAGUACGGUACAAACAAAAGGCAGCUCUACCG